AUGUCUAAGCCGUUCGAGCCGAGAGUCGGCACUCCAUUCGAACCCCCCAAUCCUUUCAACCAAUACUUGAACGAUUCCGUAAAGGCUAUUCCAAGAUAUCUUUUCCGUGUUUCAGAUCCCUCAUCGUAUGGCAUAACGAGUCGGGCCGAGGUAUGCUCACCAGCCGCCCAAGCCACGAUUAUAGAGGCUGUCGAUCUCUACAAGAUGCCGACCGAGGAGGCCGCCCAAGCUCUCGGUGACCACCUGUGGUGGAACUGUACUCCUUCUGGUCCAGGCGCAUGUAAUCUCAUGUCGUGGACCAGCUCUCUUCUUAUCGCCCUCCAGUACGGCGUCUAUCGACAUAGAAGUCUACAGAACCCUCACGAGAUGUCUGAAAUCAAAAUUCUAAUGGUCGACACUAGACAGUUUGAUCGCAACGCCUUCGCUCGUGAUCUGCAGAUCCUUGCUGCUUUCAAGGGAGUCUCUGGGGAGCAUAAAUUAGGCAAACUCUAUGAAUGGCGCAAUGGUGAUCUACUUUCUGGAGAAUAUCUCUCUCAGGGAAAACUUGUCAUUGAUCCCAAGAGAUCUUGUCAGGUUUCUUUGGAAGACCUCGUGACCCGAGGUCUCUUCAGCGUCUCCAUUGGGCUAGGCGACCAGGUACACUGGUCUCGAUGGAUCAGACGAGUUAAAGAACUACGGAGAGAGAUGUGUUACCAAUCAACGCAAUUGAGUGCUGUAGUCAUCAAGACAGCCGUGAGGGUAGCCAUAGCUUUUGAGCCUUUCAGAAUACCAGCAGCCAUAAUGCUCCUCAGUCUUAGCCCGUAUAACUUCUCCAAAAAUGUUUCAGCUAUUUUCGAGGAGUUAAUAAAAAAUGGAUUCGAGAAGGAAUUGCGACAGAAUGCGGCCUUUGCUCAGUUCAGUCUUGAUAGUUAUACAGGCAGGUUACCUGAGUUACACAGGUGGAAAGAUUUGUAUAUCUGCAUUGCUGAACAGUUGACGCUGAAUGGCCAUGAAUCACGACGAGGGGUGGAAGAGGUUGACACUGAGAAAGAUAGCACGAAUGAUCUCAACGACGCGUUUUCAGGUUUGAGUAUUUAA